AUGGCCUGCGAAUGGGACAUCAAUGAUGCACACAUUCCCUUCAUGCAGGACAUCACGUACGAUAAGUUCAACGAGUGGUCCGACGGCCACGUGCGAUACGUCUACCUCCCAACGGAGGAUCACGCCCGGAAACACAUCUCUGGCUGGGCGAUGCGAAAUACCAACAACCACAACGUGAGCAUCCUGAAGAAGAGCUGUCUCGGAGUGCUGGUGUGCUCGGCCCGCUGCAAACUGCCGAACGGUGGCCAGAUCCACCUUCGGCCCGCGAUCUGUGAUAAAGCGCGCCGGAAGCAGCAAGGACGCGCGUGCCCGAACCGAAACUGCAAAGCUGGCCGCCUGGAGGUGCUGGCCUGUCGAGGGCACUGUGGCUAUCCGGUGACGCACUACUGGCGUCACACCGAGCGGGCCAUCUUCUUCCAGGCGAAGGGCACCCACGACCACCCGAAGCCGGAGUCGAAGACAUCGAGUGAAACGAGGAAAAUCAUCGGCAGCAGUGGAAAGGUUAAAAGCAAGAAGCUUUCAGUACUACUGUUAAGGGAUGCCGCCCUCGGCAACAAGCUAAUGUCCUUAAAGACCUCGAAGCCACCAUCAGGGCCAGAGAUACUGCAGCCUCCUCCGCUUAUUCCGGACACGAGUUAUGUUGAGACCUCUAAAUGCGUAAUUUGCACACGAACGCCAUGCGUUUGCCGAACGAAAAACAACAGCAUCCCGCCGACAGCUUCGCUGGACAAGGUCAACGAUCCGAGUGUCCCGUUCUUCGAUGUGGCUGGCCAUCAAGUGCCACAAAGCAAUCACCUGCAGCAUUCCAGUGCACUUCAAUGGUCGUCGUACGACGCACCGAUCGAGUCCUUCUCUAAUGGCAUCAACUCCUAUGAGACCAAUCCUAUGGGCCAGUGCGCCCAGACGAUCGGUAACAGUGGUUGCCACACUCGGACUGGGCUGGUAAACGACUGCUUCCAUCCGGAAGAGAUUUUCCAGCUCGACCAACCACUCCGCCAGCAAGGAAGCGGUCCAGCCAUUCAACCACUCAACCACCUGCCAGCCACUCCGACGACGCUACUCGACCUGGGCAGUGGAGCGAUCUACAAGAAGUGUAACCAAAUCAACACCGACUACAUUUUCGGUAGUACGGCCGGCGAUGGCUAUAACAACCACGAAUCGUCCUGCUCCUACGGAGCUCCUGCACCUCUAAUGGCCAGCGACGGACACUGUACUGGACCGAAUGGGUUAGAACUGGGCACGACCAUCGCCAGUGGCAAGUACUUCUCCAACGACGCGUAUGGCCUACCGAGCGAAGAGGGAGCGUCGAAAGAACUGCUAAGGAGCAUAAAGAAAGAGGGCACCACCAGCGUGAAACAGUCGUUCAACGAGUCCUCUUUCGGGGCUCACUCCCGACCACGACCUUACGACUGUGAUCAGAGUCACUACAAAAAGACGGCUGGCUUCAGCUAUAGAGCCACAUCGGGCGGAACGUAUUUCACUCACAAUAACAACAGCCACAGUAUUGUCAACCAGAACUCGGUCGACUCGGUUGCCGCGAAACCUGCGACCUACGAACAUCUUCAGCACCAUCCGCAGGAUCAUUCGCAGUCCAACAGUGGCGUCAAUUAUGGCUAUCAAUCAGAUACGACGACGGUCUCGACGAGCACCGCCAGCACGAAUCCAGUGAUCGGUACUUACGAGCAGCCUUACGCGGGUGGCGGAGGCUAUGUGGGCACUGGUGCCGCGAUGCCCUCGAUAACGGCAUCCCCUAGAGCUCCCCAACCGGAGGUACACUAUUCCACCGGGGUCUACGGUACAGGCGAUAAUUAUCGGUACAAUGGCAAUUACAUUAAGGGCUCCCAGGCUGUGCACAGCGCGGGACCAUUUCAGGCAGCGUCCGUGCAGCAGAUGCAUCCCGAGCUUCCUUUGGCCGCGUAUGAAUUCUACUAA